CUCGGUUAUUGUAUAGCCAGCGAGCUGAGGAGGAUCGAUUUCUCAUGGCGAUUAUCGGGUUCCGUUUUCUUGUCGUCUAUCGAUGAAAAUGCAUGGAAAUUUCCACAGAUAUACGUAGAUAGGACAAAAUAUAAACAGUCUGUAUAUUUAUGAAGAAGUCAAGAGAGAGGUGUGGCGUACGGCAUAAAGACCACUAAAGACAUGGAGGGCGGACACAGGCAGAUCUUCGAGUUUCCUGGCAAGGCAAAGAGCGACGUGUGGAGGAACUUCGGCUUCUAUCUCAGCGAUGACGGUUACACGCUGGACAAAACAAGAGCCAUCUGUAAAUACUGUCGCAUCGGCGUCCGCUACACCGGCAACACCACAAAUCUUCACACCCACUACGUGAACCACCACCUCAAGAAGGACCAGGUCGGUGUCGCUCAGGUUAUGUGUUUCUCUGACAAUGACCAGGUCAUCACUCUAAGUCCACAAGCCGUCAACGAUAUCGUCCACAUUCCUCCAUCCAUGUCGGUGUCGCACGGGCCGGGGGGUGGAAAGGAGUCGCCCAGAGCCUCAUCUCUAACGUAUGCAAUCAUGGAGUUCAUAAUUGACGGCAUGCUGCCAUUUCCCACGAUAGCUAGUCAGGCGUUCCAGAACCUUCUACACACCCUAGAUCCGAAGACAGAUGUUCCUUCAAGGAAACACCUGGAGGAGUUCCUCCUGCCUCAGAUGUACGAGGACGGGCGAGCUAAGGUUUUGACUAAACUUGAGAAUCAAGAGCAUGUUACUCUCACAACAGACAUUUGGUCGUCCUCGGAAAGAUAUUUGACGAUCACUGCUAAUUACAUCACUAGGUCGUGGCAACUGAAUUCCUUCGUGUUGCAAACAGUGGACCUGCCUUUAGAUGCAACAGCUGGGUAUAUAUCUGAAACUCUGAAGACCCAGGCAUCUAACUGGCGGAUAACAUGUGAUCCUAUCCUGGUGUCAGGCCAUGAAACCGUUCUAAGGUCCGGCAGCUUGCUGAAAUGGAAACACUUACCUUGUUUCGCCGAAACGAUCAACACUGCGGCAAAGAAAGGAUUAGCUCACCCCGAAAUACAGAGUAUGAUCGUGUCAGCCAGAAAACUGUCGCGUUUCUUUAUGUCCGGUGUUGCAGAUGGUCUGAAGCAAUCCCUCCCUACUUUGAAUUCCUUGAAGGUUGAUGACGAGGAUCGGUGGAAUUCUACAUUUUCAAUGCUUGAACAGAUCAUCAACGAAAUGCCGUCAAUCCAAAUGGCUUUCCAGAAUCCCGAUUUACAGAAGGAAGAUGUGCGUCUGUUUCUGUUCGAUUCCAAUAACCAGAAACUGUGUCAGGAACUUGUAGACUUACUUAGACCUUUGAACAACGCCUCCAUGUUACUCUGUGAGCAGAAAAUGGUCACGGUGUCAAUGAUACUACCGGUUCUUAAGAAGCUUGAGAUUACGCUUCUUGGAGGUGAAACAGACUGUCCAGUCAUUAAAGAGUGUCGGAACACCAUAUGGAAGGAGAUACGUUCGCCAUACUCCGCGGACAACAUUCGGGACCUUCUUCUCAUCUGUUCACUGUUAGACCCUCGUUAUAAAGAACUGCGUUAUGUCGAGGCUGUCGAGAGAGAGAAGGCAAGACGGCUCCUCUAUGAUGCCGCGCUGAGACCUUUCCUGACGGACUUUCAGAUCAAACAGGAGGUUGAUAGUGACGACGAAUACAUUCAGAACAUCAUUCUGGGACCUCCGUUCUCCAUCUCGAACGGGUCGGAUGUCCAUGGCAGCAACCCUGGUUCGGAAGAACCUGUCAAGAAGAGGAUGAAAUUUAAGCAUCCAGCUUCUAAAUUUGAAAAUGACUGGCUGUCAGAUGUCGUAGGCCACAAAGAUGACGUUCCCUUGGACAAGAUGUCGCCGGUGGAGAUGGUGAGCUCUGAGAUUGACCGGUUUAUGGCGGAGAAGCAGAUCACAUCCAGCACCUCACUGAUCUGGUGGUAUGAGAGGGAAAAGAUCUUCCCCAACAUUUCAUGCCUCGCGAAGAAGUACAUGUGCGUCAUGGCGACCUCUAGGCCGGCUGAGCAUAUCUUCCUCCCCGAUAGAGAUCCCGUCCGGGGUCAGAGGUCAUGCAUUCCAACCAAGAACCUUGAUGCUAUGAUAUUCCUCAACAAGAAUCAUCAAAACCUCAAAAUGACUUUUUAAAGGUGUCAAGACAUAUUAAGACAUAUCAAGACAAUGUGCUCCUUCCAUUGACAAAAUGAAGGGUUUGUUCGAGUAAUGUUUUAAUGCUUUCCAGUUGUGUUCCGUCUAACCAUAACAUGUUACCCCAUGGCGUUACAUCUGGGGAGCUAAUUUUAGCGUGUACAUUGGCAUGCAUGACAAUGUUGCGCCGUGGCAAUACGCAUGCGCGGUUAUAUCAAAGAAGCACUGUGGACGAAGACAUGAUUACAAACUAUACCAGGUACAAUACUCUCUGUUGGUCAGGGACCGACAUACUCACUCACGGCGGUUUACGGAACGGGGUGUUUUUUUCCUCAGAUCUUAAUGGAAACAAUCUUUACUGGGUAUACGGAGCAAUAACAUGUCUUAGACUCCCCAAAACUCUGCAAGUGGAUGCCCUAUGCCCAUAAAAUGAAAUGGACAAUUCCCUGUCGACCACCACUGCUGUUGUUGAUUUGUAUAUAUCAAUAAUCACUGACAUUAUGUCAUUGCAAAUAUAUAUUGAGUACGUG